ACACCUUAAAGAAUUCUUUCUCCCAUCUCUCUACUUAUGUACGAUAUAUUCCCCUCACUCACUCCGUUUUCACAUUCACGAUUUCUUCUUUCCCACAACUCCAAGAAUUCAUAUUCAUCCAAUUUUUCUGUCCGAACUCAUUUGAGCAAUGGGUCGAUCUCCAUGCUGCGAUAAAAUCGGGGUGAAGAAAGGGCCAUGGACACCUGAAGAAGAUGAGAAGCUCUUAGCUUAUAUACAACAAUACGGCCAUGGAAGCUGGAGAGCUUUGCCUCCCAAAGCUGGGCUCCAGAGAUGUGGGAAGAGUUGCAGGUUGAGAUGGACUAACUAUUUGAGACCUGAUAUCAAAAGAGGCAAGUUCAGUUUUCAAGAAGAACAAACCAUCAUUCAGCUCCAUGCCCUUCUUGGAAACAGGUGGUCGGCUAUAGCCACUCAUUUGCCUAAAAGAACAGACAACGAAAUCAAGAAUUACUGGAACACCCAUCUCAAGAAGAGAUUAGCUAAAAUGGGCAUCGACCCCGUAACUCACAGGCCCAAGAACGAUACCCUAUUAUCCGGCGAUGGCCAGUCCAAGAACGCCGCCAAUCUCAGCCACAUAGCUCAGUGGGAGAGCGCCCGCCUCGAGGCCGAAGCCAGAUUGGCCAGACAGUCCAAGCUAAGCUCCGGUGCUGGCUCUGUCAAUUCCUUUCAGGCUCAGAGCCCGGAAUUCGCCUCCACUUCGAGCCCGAUUCACAAGCCCGUUGGCCCGGGGCGGUGCCUCGACGUGCUCAAGGCAUGGACCAGUACUGGCGUUUGGGGGCAGACAAGCGAAGCGGGGGCUGUGAAUUCUGGUCUCUCAAUGAGGGGAGUCGCCGGCGAGCUGGAAUCAUCGACUUCGACACUCAGCUCCGCCGCGGGAGUAGGAGUGCGAGAGAACUCCUCCGCCGCGUUCGCCGGAAACUCAUGUGACGUCGACGGCGGAGUCACGAAAGAAGAAAGGGAAGAAGAGUACUGGAAGUAUUUGCCGGAACAAAGAAACGGGAUUAGGAGUUCGUUCCCGUUCACAUCAGUAUUGGCAACGGAAUCAAUCAGGAGUAGUACUUCCGAGCAUGUUCCUUGUGGGAAUUUCGUCGAAAAGUUUACGGACCUUUUGCUGAGCACCGACCGGCAUCUCUCGGACGACGGCGGAGAGUCCGAUGACAACGGCAGCGGAAGUGGUGGCGGCAGUGAUUACAAUGAAGAUAACAAGAAUUAUUGGAAUAGCAUCCUUAAUUUGGUGAAUUCUUCGCCUUCUGGUUCACCCAUAUUUUGAAUAUUUGACGUUAACGGUGGACUAAUGACUGGGAAAAAAAAAGAGUAUAAGAAGAAUUUGAGUCAUUACAUAUUUAUCACAAUUUCCGUACUAUUCUUAUAAA